ACAGAGUCUUAUGAAGUUAACAUUGAUGUCAUAAGUAAGAAUAAUGCUUCGUAAAGGAACUAGUCUGGUUCAGAUUUCAGGGAGGAGUGAAACAUUCUAGAAAUUUCGAUUUAUUUUGAUCGCCACGUAUGCACUAUAAAUAGCGGAGACUAUCUCAAUAGGUCGAUGGGCGUUAUACUUCUCCUCCAUGAGACAGGAAUAUACAGGGUGAAUAUGGUAGCAUGACGACAGUGUGGUCAUGAGAUGGUUGACCGGAAGGUGUAGCUACUCUGCUACCGUACCAAACAACUAGCUACUGGUCUCCUGUGCGCUGCGACAUAUUCCUUAAAGUACGAGACGACAGGAGAAAAAGACUCACGACGCUUAUGCAGUGACUGUCGUCAAAGCCAUCCAAGUUCGUUCACACCUGUUCAAGACUCUCCAUCACAGGUGCACUGUUAAGUAUGGUACGGCGGGAAUAUGUAUUGGGCCAAUACACCAACACGGAAACUCUAAGGAGGACCUUCAAAUCUGUUUUAGAGAAGAACCGGGAGGGUUUAGAAUGUCUUCAAGGUUUGCAAGAGGAGACCCUUGUGAAAAUAACUUCAUAUCUUUAUCAUCUGAUGAAGAGUAUAGCUGUAAAGUUAUACGCAAGUUUAUUUCCUGCUCUUGAUGAUUCACAGAUGGCCGAUCUCUUUGAAGAAGACAACACUGAACUUGAAGCAUUAUCAAUAUCAAAUAAAAUUUAUACAGACAGCAUAUUGACGGGAAUUUUGAGCAAAAUUGACUCGGCAUUUGAAAUGAUUUCAAUUAAAGGAAAAUACUUUGUGGACAGUGGUCUGGUCAGUUUUGAAAAAGAUGACCAUACACUUGAAGUCCGUGGAGAACAUUCAAAGGAACAUACAAAAGACACCUUGGAGAGGCUACAGGAACUGAUAGAGCAAAGGAGUGAUAGGACAUUGUUCAGUCAUUAUGUAACGUACUUUGAGUUACCAGCGCAAAUAUAUAGUAUAUUUACUGUACAUAAUAUUCAGUAUUCAUGUCCAACACAAAUAUUUGAUCAAAAUACAGAUCCCUUUUUUGUGGAUUUGAAACAUUUUCAAGAAAAAUUAACAGCGUUUUGUGGGUCCCCAUUGUCUCAUACCAAGUUGCCGGACAUUGACCUCAGUGAUAUCGCUCGACAUGAACAAUUUGAACAAAUUAUGAAAACACUGAAUGACCUGGAAAACGCAUUACAGUACAGGCCACCGUCAGAUGGCAGCACUGGUCGUCCAGAUGAGAGCAAUAUGCAAAAUAUCUGGAAACUUUUUGAAAGGUUUUUGUUACAAAGAUUUGCGAUUCAGAAGCCAGGAGGUGUCAACAUCUCCCUUCAUCACACUCCGCAAUUAUUUUGAAAAACUAGCGAGGGGGGAAGCAUUAAGUAUUGAGGACGAAAUGAGGUAUGAAGGUUUGAGAUUUGCAUCCUUUGAAGAAUAAACGUGGAAACUUCAUCUCUCCGUCUGGCGGCAGCAGGUUCUACGCUACAGGAGAUGAAGAUGAGACUAGAUGCUUCAGCUGUGGUGUGACAUACAGGAACUGGGAAAUGAGGGACAACCCAUUUGUUAUUCAUAGUCGCAUUUCCCCUAAUUGCAUCCAUGCAAUUGGAACAGAUGAAAGGAAUGUCCCCAUUCAGCUUCCAUCAGAAGGUGCAACAGUUACUCCACCAAGAGAAGGCCAUGGUAGCACUCCUGUGGCGAGUGAGUCAGAAAGCGCUACCCAAAUCCAAGGAGCAGUCGGUGUUGCAAUGAGUAACGCAGGAGAAAGUUAUAAUCAGAUUGUCGAUGAAAUGCCUCCUAGGCAGUCAGCUCGCUACAGUGAUAGUGCGUUGCCAUCAUCACCAACAUCAAGGUUGAGGUUUGAAGAUGCAGUACACCCUCACUACAGUAACUCUGGACACCGUCUGGAGUCUUUCCACUUGUGGCCCGAGGGACACACCCACAGUCCUGAAGAGCUUGUCCGUGCAGGAUUUUUCUAUGCAGGUUAUUCCGACUGUGUGCGCUGUUUUGUGUGCGGUCUUGGUCUGAGAACAUGGGAGGAGGGUGAUGACCCCUGGAUGGAGCACAUCCGCUGGAGGUCAUCUUGUGCCUACGUGGAAGCCGCAAGAGGCAAGAACUUCAUCAUCCAGACGCUGGCAGCCAUUGGGCGGGCCACACAUACACCAGAGCAGAAUACUGGUGGAAUUCAGCAACGUUCAUCCAAUGACAGACACAACCAUGAUACUUCAAAGGAAGACAUCUUGAGAACUAGUGCGUGUGAGAGAGCCCUAGAGAUGGGUUUCAGCAGAGGACAAGUGAUGUUGGCAGCUCAGUCUACCAUUGCCAGUGCAGGGAGACAGGCAUUAACACUACCCGGUCUUAUUGAGAGGAUACUAGUUGUUGGAAGCCCAGAUGAAGCAGAAGGUGCUCAAGGUGGAUACUCCGGUGGGAACUCCCAGGAACAAAAUGGACAGGCGGGGAAGGUGAUGUCAAGUAGAAUGGGAAAUACGGAUAGCAGAUCGUCAGGUGAAAAGAACAAUACAACAAGGCAGGCACACCUGCUCAGAUCUCCACCAGUUAGCACAGAUAGUGGAUACAAAUCUUUGCCUGUAGAGAACCAUGUUAGACUGCCUCCAGCACAGCAAACAUCGGGAAAUAUUCAUACUGGACAUCCCAGCACAAACAUCAAUUACAAUCUGGAAAUUGCAGCUCAACCAUCACCAGGAGCAGAGGGCCCUGAAGAGAGAGGAAGACCGAAGGAAUCAAACGCACCUGUGAAUAGAUUCUCAAGUUUUCCUACCAACCGACAUGAAAUCAAGGAAAUUGAUAAAAUACAGAAAACUGACAAUAAGAAAGGCAAGGGCAAGGGAGACCGGAAGGCUACCGCAGAAGAGACACGGCAACUAAAAGAGUCAAGUGCGUGUAAGAUAUGUUUUGAGGAGCCCGCCAACAUCGUCUUCCUCCCCUGUGGACACCUGGUGGCCUGUGCCGUGUGCUCACCAGCUCUAGAACUUUGCCCAAUCUGCAGGAAACACAUCCGGGGAACUAUCCGUGUUCAUAUGAUUUCUCGAGAGAAACAUAUAGACCACUUAUAAAUACAUGGAAUACUGUAAAGAAGAACAGGUUUUGCUGAACUUGAUUCAAAACAUCGAUUUCAUCCUUUAGCAUUCUCCAGAAAAUAUGUGAACAAUGUGUAAAUAGAUAUCUUGGCAGAAGACAUGUGCAUAUUAUAUUGUAGCGAGACAACAACGUUAUCUGAAACCCUUGCCACAGCCCGAUUAGAAUUGUGUUUCUUCAUAUAGCAAAGAGUAGCAAAGAAGUAAAUGAUACCAGAUAAGAGAAGACAUGCAUAACGAAAGCUGGACAUCAUCAGCAAAACGAUUAAAUGUAAAAUAAAUACACAUAAGAGGCACUUUGUAUCAUAAUGGAAAACAGUAAUUUAUGACAUCACUUUUCAAACUCAGAAACUUCCUGAAACUUUCGAAGUUUCUGAGAAAACCUUUCCAGAACAUCAUUCAGACUCUCUAGCUGUAACACUGUACGCUCACGAUAACAAGAAAAAACAUGUAGCAUGGGAGAUGACCCUGAAAUUUAUUCAUUUAAGGCGCCACUUUGAAUAGGCAUGCAGCCUUCCAUUUAUGUAACUUCGAUAGGUUUUGAGAAAACAGGUCCCCAGCAAGCCAACAUGUGAAGAACUCUAAAUGGUGUAUAGGGACCCAUUUUACUACCUCAGGACGGAAUGACAUUUACCUGCUUUAAAAGUUACAAAAAUCACAAAUUACGAUUGUUUCAGUUUAGAAUACGACAGAGAAUUAAAGCAAAACAAAUUCAUAUCUAAAAUGACUAAAUGAAAUCUGAUGAUUCCUGUGGUUUGGGGCUCUCAUAUUAUUGUGCGUGCGUUUUAUCCGUGUCAUGAAAAAUAAAUAGCUUUUAAAAAUAUUUUCUAUAUCAAAUCUAUAUACACUGAAAUACAAUGAACAGUAUUAGAGAGGCUGUGACACUUCUUGGGGAACCAUUAAUACAGAUUAUAUUCUUAAUAUAAAGUUCAUUUGCACAAACGUUUAUGUUUCGGAUGGAAUGACGCCAUAUAAACUUGAAAGUCCGUAUCAAACUAUUUGCAUCAGAAUAUUCUAUAGAAAAAUGCAAUCCCCUCACAUAGUGACAGAGGGGUAAACUUAAACAACGGAACAUGCACCGACAUGUGUAUCUCCUCACCAAGAUUCAUACACAUGCCAUACUAGCAACUUAAUAUAAAACAAUGUGAAUGAAUAUAUAAAUAGUGCAGUGCACAGCUAUCAGUUGACAUAAUCGGUUACAUUGACAAUUAAAACAAAUUGUUAUUUUAUUUCUUCAUAUUAAAAUAAACAUUGCUAUGUCUUGCACUGUUAUGUGACUACAUUUAAUAUAAAUUAUUCUUUAUGUAUAUAUCCUGUACAUAUUAUGAAGCAUUGUAGCAAUGUAUCUCAAGCACUAUGAUAUUACGGGGGUGAUAGCCUAGUGGUUAAAGCGUUCGCUCGACACGCUGAAGACCCGGGUUCAAUUCCCCACAUGGCUGCAAUGUGUGAAGCCCAUUUCUGGUGUUCCCCGCCGUGAUAUUGCUGGAAUAUUGCUAAAAGCGGCGUAAAACAAAACUUACUCACUCACUCACUAUGGUAAUAUCGUUGACAAUACCGUGGUGCAUCUUAAACAUAUUCUCGGGUAAUGUAUUCAACAGGAUUUUCCGAUCACCAGAUUGUCCUUAAAUAUUCUAUGGUACACUAUGUAAUUCCCUCAAUGGUUGACUAAUAAACCCGUCGUUAAUUU